GCGCGGGAAGGCCGCCAAGCCGCGGGCCGAGCAAGUCGAUGAGUCGGUGCUGGAGCUAGGCGCAAGCAGGAGGUUCGGUAGGCGUUUGAGCCUUAUUCAGGAUGCUGUGUUCACUGCUCCUUUGUGAAUGUCUGUUGCUGAUAACCGGUUAUGCUCAUGAUGAUGACUGGAUUGACCCCACAGACAUGCUUAACUAUGAUGCUGCUUCAGGAACAAUGAGAAAGUCUCAGGUGAAAUAUGGUACAUCAGAGAAAAAUGACGUGAGUCCUGACUUGUCAAAUACUGAGGAAUUGUCAGAAUGUUUGAGCAGACUUGAUUCUUUAAUUCAUAAGAUUGGUGAGUGUGAAAAGAAAAAAAUGAAAGACCAUAAAAGUCAAAGCAAUCCUGUUUUUAGGAGAUAUUUAAAUAAGAUUUUAAUCGCAGCUGGCAAGCUUGGACUUCCUGAUGAAAACAAAGUUGAUAUGCAUUAUGAUGCUGAGAUUAUUCUUAAAAGACAGACCUUAUUAGAGAUACAGAAGUUCCUCAGUGGAGAAGAAUGGAAACCAGGAGCCUUGGAUGAGGCACUAAGUGAUAUUUUAAUUAAUUUUAAACGUCAUGAUUUUGAAGCAUGGAAGUGGCGAUUUGAAGAUUCCUUUGGAGUGGAUCCAUAUAAUAUGUUGAUGGUCCUCUUGUGUCUGCUGUGCAUUGUGGUAUUGGUAGCUACUGAGCUGUGGACACAUGUUCGCUGGUAUACCCAGAUGAAACGUGUUUUUAUCAUCAGUUUUCUCUUCAGUUUGGGAUGGAAUUGGAUAUAUCUAUAUAAGCUAGCCUUUGCUCAGCAUCAGGCCAACAUUGCCAAGAUGGAGCAAGUCAGCAAUGUGUGUGUUGAGAAAAUGGAUUGGACUGGAAGUCUCUGGGAAUGGCUUAGAAGUACAUGGACUAUGAAGGACGACCAAUGCCAAAAGUACUAUGAGCUCUUAUUAGUCAACCCUAUUUGGUUGGUUCCACCAACAAAGGCACUGGCAGUUACAUUCACUAACUUUGUAACAGAGCCAUUGAAGCACGUUGGAAAAGGAACGGGUGAAUUUAUUAAAGCGCUCAUGAAGGAGAUCCCUGUGUUACUUCAGAUUCCUGUCUUGGUGAUUAUGGCAUUGGCUGUCCUGAGCUUCUGCUAUGGUGCUGGAAAAUCAGUUCACAUGCUCAGACAUUUAGGUGGUCCUGAGAGAGAUCCUCCUCGGGCGCUUGAGCCAGGUGAUCGAAGACGGCAGAAGGAAAUUGACUAUAGACUUCAUGGCGGAGCAGGUGAUGCAGAUUUUUAUUACAGUGGCCAGACUCGUUCCAUUGAGCAAGACCCUUAUGACAGAACACUUGAGUGUAAAAGAGAUGUUUUGAGAAAGAGAGACGCUGGUUCGACAUUUCAGACUGGCAACAAGAGCCCUGAAGUGCUCCGGGCAUUUGAUUUACCAGACACAGAGGCACGAGAGCAUCCAGAAGUGGUACCCAGUCAUAAAUCAGCCAUUGUGAAUACAGACCUCAAAGCAAUUAUUAGAACCCCAGGAGAAAGCACCCUGCUAGAACACAGCCAGUCUGCCAAGUCUGUUUCUGGCCAAGUGGUACCUGGGACUGUGGACGGCCCAUCUACCAUGGAGAAGGCCCAGCUGAAGACUGACUCUGAAUGCAGCCCACAGGCAGGCGGGGCACACAGCCCAGGAGGAGCUGGAGCUGCCACAGGUGGGAAGGAUCCUGUCAGCAGCCCUUGCGGCUGAAGGAACUUGGACACAGGCCACAGCUCUGAAGUCAUCUUUGAAUUUUGUAAAGUAUACUCUUAACUCUUCAUUCUUCCCUACAAGUUUACAAAGGUGCCAACUUAAAUCACUAAUAAUUAUACCAACCAUCAGAAUAAGCAAAUACACACACAUUUAUAUAUAUCAGCUUUCUUUUACUUUCACCUUCUCUUAGAUGUUAAGAUAUAAUGUUAAUUUUGGAACAGGGUUUUGUAGAAUUCACAUUUGUAAAUGAAUACUAUGGCAAAUUACAUUGUAGAUAAUUAAGGUGACUGACUAACAAUGAUGAAGAAAUUUUGUUAACUGGCACUUAGAGGAACCAACUAAUCAAAGUGUGUGUUAGCUAAUGGAAGUCCUGUAAUAGUUUACUAAGAAUAAUAUUUUAGUUUUGAAUUAGAAUCAAAAUAUUCCCAUUACAAUGGGUACUUGAAAACAUUCGUAAAUGCAGUUCACCCCCUUAUGCACUCUGGCAUCUGAUGUAGCCACAGAGUACAUGUUACUAGUGUCGGUCCAACUCUGCUUCUAGGUAGGCCACCACAGAACAGUGUGACUUUGUGGUUACUGCGCCUGCUUCCUUAUCAUACACUUACUUUACGCCUCACUAAGACAGACCUGUAGACUGCCUGGUUCAGUCAAUACCCUGACUUUGGGAAUGGCUGUAUUCUUUCUCAAUAAAGUGCACAGGUUUUAGAAGAUCUUUUCCCAUGUUGAUCAGAACCUAGCAGUUGAUACUAUUAGAUAUGACUAGCUUAUAUUAUGGCAAGCCAUAUUGUCUUGGCUAGAUAAAAUUCUAAUUUUUAGAGAGCUGUGGCUAGAGAACACUAUGAGAAAACCAGAAACUGCAGAUAGGUUGUCAAGCAACAUUUUUUAAAUCAACCAGAAACUGCAGAUAGGUUGUCAAGCAACAUUUUUUAAAUCAACAUAUUUCUGAUUUUAAAAAGCAUUCUCUAUUU